UUUGGAGAGAAAGCAUGCCGAGAUACACGGUGCACGUCCGAGGAGAAUGGCUGGCAGUGCCCUGCCUGAGCUCCACGAACACAAUUGGGUGGCUGGGAAAGGAAGCGGUGAGACGGUACAUGAAAAACAAACCCGACAAUGGGGGAUUUGCCUCGGUGGAAGAAGUAAAAUUUUACAUUCGAAGGUGCAAGGGACUUGGCUUGCUGGAUCUUGAUGAUACAGUGGACGAUGCUCUCGAGGACAAUGAAUUUGUUGAAGUUGUUAUAGAAGGAGAUAUAAUGUCUCCAGAUUUCAUACCAUCUCAGCCAGAAGGAGUUCAUUUGUACAGCAAAUACCGAGAACCAGAACAGUAUAUUUCUUUAGAUGGCAACAGCUUAACAACAGAGGACUUGGUCAAUUUAGGAAAGGGGCUCUACAAGAUAAAGCUCACACCUGAAGCUGAAGAUAAAGUUAAACAAUCACGAGAAGUGAUUGAAAGAAUCGUAAAAGAACAGACAGUUGUUUAUGGAAUCACCACGGGGUUUGGGAAGUUCGCCAGGACUGUCAUCCCAAACAGUAAGCUGAGGGAGCUUCAAGUGAACUUGGUUCGUUCGCAUUCUGCAGGUGUGGGGAAACCUUUGAGCCCAGAGAGAUCUCGCAUGCUGUUGGCACUGAGAAUCAAUGUCCUGGCAAAAGGAUACAGUGGAAUAUCCCUAGAAACGCUCCAGCAAGUUAUUGAAGCAUUUAAUGCGUCCUGCCUUCCCUAUAUCCCAGAGAAAGGGACGGUUGGAGCCAGUGGAGACUUGGCCCCCCUCUCUCAUCUUGCUCUGGGAUUAAUUGGAGAGGGAAAGAUGUGGUCCCCAAAGAGUGGCUGGGCUGAUGCUAAAUAUGUCCUGGAAGCCCAUGGUCUGAGACCAAUUACCCUGAAACCAAAAGAGGGUCUGGCUCUCAUCAAUGGGACGCAAAUGAUCACCUCGCUGGGAUGUGAAGCAGUCGAAAGAGCCAGUGCUAUAGCUAGACAAGCUGACAUCAUCGCUGCCCUUACGCUUGAAGUCUUGAAGGGUACAACAAGGGCCUUUGACACCGAUAUCCAUGCCGUGCGCCCACAUCGAGGGCAGGCUGAAGUAGCAUUUCGAUUCAGGUCCCUUCUAGAUUCUGACCAUCAUCCAUCAGAAAUAGCAGAGAGCCAUAGAUUCUGUGACCGAGUUCAGGACGCGUACACGAUGCGCUGCUGUCCUCAGGUUCAUGGAGUUGUAAAUGAUACAAUUGCUUUUGUGAAGGACAUCAUGACGACUGAAAUCAAUAGUGCCACCGACAACCCUAUGGUGUUUGCUGAAAGAGCAGAGACCAUUUCUGGAGGAAAUUUUCAUGGUGAAUAUCCUGCAAAGGCUUUGGACUAUUUGGCAAUUGGCGUGCAUGAACUUGCUGCAAUUAGUGAAAGAAGAAUCGAGAGGCUCUGCAACCCCUCGCUCAGUGAACUGCCUGCAUUUUUAGUCACUGAAGGAGGUCUGAACUCGGGCUUCAUGAUUGCACACUGCACAGCAGCUGCCCUGGUUUCUGAGAACAAAGCCUUGUGCCACCCCUCUUCUGUGGAUUCUCUCUCAACCAGUGCUGCUACGGAGGAUCACGUGUCCAUGGGAGGAUGGGCUGCAAGAAAAGCUUUGAGAGUUAUUGAACACGUGGAACAAG